AAACAUCCAAUCUGCUUGUCAACACGGCGGUUCGAUCGACGGGGACCGCCCCGGUGGAUCGCAUUGCAUGAGGACGAAGGCCGAGCCGAGAUCUUAAUCCCUCUCAGCAACUGGACCACCCUCUCUUCAAUAGGCUGUUUCGGUUCGCAGAAGGGUCGAGCUGGGCGCCUCUAGUCGCCCCACAGAAGAGAAGCUGUUGUCUUCAAAGAUGAAGCGUUUCGGCGCCAGAGUCCUCUCGCGAGGCAAGGACUCGAGCAAGUCCUCGAAGAAGAACAAAGAUUCGAAGGACGGAACAGCAUCGCCAAAUGCUGCUGCUAGGGAUUCCAACCAGUCGCCCGUUUUGACCCCGUCGUCCUCCACCUCGACGCUGAACGACGUCCGCAACAAGCCGCUGCCCCCGAACACUGCCGCUGCUCACGCCGAUCACGCUUCGCUGGCUGCUCAGGCUCAGCUUGGCAACACUGGGGCGAACCUUCCUGGCCCCGAGAGGUUCGGGACCGGCGUACCUGGGCAGGGCGCAAACGGCGCCGGGACACCUGCUAGGCAUGGGGCCUUACCUCCGACCGUCAUCAUUAGCCCGAGCGCACCGCAUGUGCCGCCGCCCGGCGCCCCCGAGACCAUGCCUCAUGAUCUCGCCCCUCCCAAGGCGGGCCAGAAGUCCCUGAUGUACGAUCGCUUACAGCAGACCCCCAAGGAUGUUCUUGACGGUCCCAAGACCCCGAGGCGGCAGCACUCGUCCCGCUUCGACAUCUCCGCCCAUCGGGAGCUAGAGAAGCUGCCCGGUUUCCACGAGGUGCCCCCCGCACGACGUGAGGAUCUCUUCAUGAAGAAGAUCGAACAGUGCAACGUCAUCUUCGAUUUCAACGACGCUAGCGCCGAUAUGAAGUCGAAGGAAAUCAAGCGAUUGGCGCUCCAUGAGCUCCUGGAUUACGUUGCCAACAAUCGGCAGGUUAUCACGGAGCCCAUGUACCCGGUCGUUGUCGGGAUGUUUGCAAAGAACCUGUUCCGCCCGAUCCCGCCUCCCGUGAACCCGCAGGGAGAGGCUUUCGACCCGGAAGAAGACGAGCCCGUCCUGGAAGUCGCCUGGCCGCAUAUACAGGUCGUGUACGAGUUCUUCCUCCGGUUCAUCGAGAGCCAGGACUUCAAUACGAACAUUGCAAAAGCGUACAUUGAUCAUAGCUUCGUCCUCCAGCUGCUCGAGCUGUUUGACUCGGAGGAUCCUCGGGAGAGAGACUUCUUGAAGACUACUCUGCACCGCAUAUACGGCAAAUUCCUCAACCUGAGAUCCUUCAUCCGCCGCUCCAUCAACAACGUCUUCUUUCAGUUCACCUACGAGACCGAGCGAUUCAACGGCAUUGCCGAGCUGCUGGAGAUUCUGGGCUCUAUCAUCAACGGCUUCGCCCUUCCCCUCAAAGAGGAACACAAACUCUUCCUGACGAGGGUGCUCCUCCCUCUUCACAAAGUGAAGAGCUUGAGCAUGUACCAUCCUCAGCUGGCCUAUUGUAUCGUGCAGUUCCUCGAGAAGGAUGCUUCGCUAACAGAAGACGUCGUGCUUGGCCUUUUACGGUUCUGGCCCAAGGUCAACAGUACCAAAGAGGUUAUGUUCCUCAACGAGGUUGAAGACAUUUUCGAGGUUAUGGAUCCGGCCGAGUUCGCCAAGGUCCAAGAGCCUCUGUUCCACCAACUCGCCAAAUCCGUGGCGAGCCCCCAUUUCCAGGUCGCCGAGCGUGCCCUCUACUUCUGGAACAAUGAGUAUUUCUGCAACUUGGUCAGCGACAACGUCGAGAUCAUUUUGCCAAUCAUGUUUGCGCCGCUCUACGAAAACUCCAAGGGACACUGGAACAGGACGAUCCAUGGCAUGGUCUACAACGCCAUGAAGCUGUUCAUGGAGAUCAACCCCCAGCUCUUUGACGAUUGCUCGCACGAGUACACGGAGCAGCAGAACAACGCUGCGGCCAGGGAGGCUCUCCGCCAGAGGAAAUGGGCAGCCAUCCAGGAACAAGCCAACCGCAGGAAAGCCGCCAUGGCCGCCAAUGCCGCCAACGGUUCAAGUGACAAAUCCGGACCGCCGCCGCGACAGAAGGCUGUGCCCACGCUGCCGCGCGUCGACGAGGUGGACACGGCCGAUGAUAAUCAGAAGAGACUGAACUCGCUGAAGCUGCAAGAUGGUGACCGGAGGGAUCGCCGGCCGGAGAUGCAUGACAGACAAAACUCAAUUGGAUCGGCGCGAAGUCAGCGGUGAUUAGAGACCGUCGUCGCUCCUUCCAAUCCCGUAAGCCGUGGGAACGAACCGGGCAUCUACCACCCUAUAAUAUCGAAACACAAGU